GCCAACAUGACGGAUUGCAGCGCCCCCUACGUGAUUGGUGAGAAGUGCAGGUACCAGUGUAAGAGUGGAUACGGACACAAGUCAGGUGACACCAUCAGGACCUGUACCUCGGACAGAUCUUGGAGUGGCAGGAACAUCAACUGCCGACCAGAAUGCCCGCCUGCGCCAAAUAUCCUCAACGCGACCAAGAAGGAGUGUUCUAAGAAGGAGUGCGUAUACAGAUGUGAUGAUGGUUACGAAAAGAAGUCAGGAGACACUUUGUUGAGGUGCAGUAUGGUAAACGGAAAGUGGAUUGGCACCGAGAUCAACUGCCAGCCAAGUGGCUAAACAGUCAGCCAAUAGCAGUACUGCACAUACUUCUGUGAACAUGUAGACAUGUGCUCAGUUCUUAAAUAUAUUGUUUAGUUCUUACAUAUAUAUUGUCUUAAAUAGUGGUUAAAAAUUUUGGUAGAAAAUCAUGCAAUCUGUGAAUCAUUUAUGAAUUGGGUUGUGGAAUCUGUGAAAAGAAGGAAAC